UCCCAAAGUAAGUUCUUACUUAGAACAAAAAUUAGGGCUUGAAUUCAAUUUUUGUGGCUGGAGAAUGAGUGAUGGGAAGAGAGAAUCAGGUGCAGUGCCACUGCCAGUGUUGACAAGAUUGAAGUUGUUUCUGUCAGAGCUGAUUACAUAUCUGACGACCCGCUCCGACGGCAGCCUGAACCGCCGCCUCUUCAACCUCCUCGACUUGAAAGCCUCAGCACCAUCCACCAAGCUCAUCGACACCAGCCAUGUCACUACUUCCGACAUUACAGUGGACCCCUCCCGCAAUCUCUGGUUCCGCCUCUUCACCCCGGCCAGCUCCACCUCCACCUCCACCUCCGCCCCCGUCCCCUUGAUCGUCUACUUCCACGGCGGCGGAUUCUCCAAAUACGCCCCCGACUCCAAGGUCUUCGACCACCUCUGCAGCCACCUAGCCGCCCGAGUCCCCGCAGUCGUCGCCUCCGUCAACUACCGCCUCGCCCCCGACCACAAGCACCCCUGCCAGUACGAGGACGGCUUCGACGUCCUCAGAUUCAUCGACGCCCGCCCCUCCCUCGUCAAUGCCGACAUUGGGAGGUGCUUUGUUGGAGGGGACAGUGCGGGUGGGAACAUAGCUCAUCAUGUCACGGUUAGAGCUGUUGAGGAAGUGGAGCAGUUUGGUGUGAUGAGGAUCGUUGGAUUGCUUGGGCUGCAGCCCUUUUUCGGAGGCGAGGAACGCACCGAGUCUGAGGUGAGGCUGACCAAGGUGCCUGGGCGGAUGGAUAGAUACUGGAGGGACUUUCUGCCGGAGGGGUCGGAUAGAGACCAUCCUGCGGCUAAUGUGUGGGGCACUGGCAGAGAUGUCACCGACCUCCUCCGCUUCCCGCCUUGUUUGGUGGUUGUUGGAGGGCGUGAUCCGCUGCAGGACUGGCAGAGACGGUAUGUUGAGUGGCUGAGGACUUGUGGGAAACGAGUUUUGGUGGUUCACUAUCCAAAUGCAUUCCAUGCUUUCUAUGCAUUUCCCGAACUGCCCGACUUUCAUCUCUUUCUUCAUGAUGUUGCAAGCUUUGUCCGGGAACAACUCAACUCCUGUUGAAUUUCACUUCUGCAAACCAGAAUCUUAUUGUUCUUGCAUCAUUCAUCUACACAUGAUAAUGCAUUUCAUUUUGUCAAGACCCAGUUACUGCCUUGUAACAAGUUUGUGUUAUUGGUCAUGUUGUAUCAUGUACUAUCUACAAGGGCUUGUACGUCUCGAGGUUCCUUCCUGUCUGAGCUUUAUAUAUAUACCAGAUUGUGGAAUGCAAGACUCAUUUCUUUAUGAUCAUAUAUAUAUAUAUAUAGGUGUACUAUCUCUCUUGA